GAUUCUCUUCGUCAGUCACCACAAUGUCUCCAAAGGGGAAGGUGGUCGUCAGCGCUCUUCUUGUCCUCGGACUUUGUCAUUAUGCCUGGCCCUUCCCGCGGCACACCAGCAGCGCCGCCUUCUCCGAGGACCUCCGGCGGGAGAUCAGGACCGCCGUGAGCACGAGGAGGGCGGACCCAUCAUGAAGGGGUGGCCGCCCAACUGGACCUCGCCGCGCUCAUGGUCGGCAAGCAGACAUGGGAGGCGCAGUCACCCAAGAACCUGCUCUUCUGCUCGACCUGCAACUUGGGCGUGGCCGAGAUCAUCAGCGAGGUCAAUGGUGGUGUCGACCCCGAGGCCCUGGGUGACCUCAUCAUCGCCCUCUGCGUCGACCUGGGAAUUUCGAACUAUAAUUUCUGCGAACAUAUUAUCCACUUGGCAACUCCCGAACUCUACUGGAUCAUCACCCACCGCGAACUGACCGGGAAGGACGUGUGCGGAAUGAUCUUUAUGCGCUACGGCUGUAAGACCGAUAAUCCCGAGCGCGUGUGGGAGGUCGUGCUGCCAGACACACCGAAGCCUCCAGUUCUGCCGCCGAGUGUGCCUGAGCCUGGUUCUCCGGUGAUGAAAGUGCUACACUUGGCGGACACGCACUUCGACCCUCUGUACAUGCCCGGAAGCAAUGCCGAGUGCGGAGAGAAAUUCUUCUGUUGUCGCGAGUCCAGCGGGCCCCUCGACCGACCAGAAGCUGCAGCGGGGAAGUGGGGGGACUAUCGUAACUGUGAUGCUCCCAAGUGGCUCUUGCAGGCUAUGUACGAUCACAUUGCCAGCACAUACACGGACCUCGAUUUCAUCAUCUGGACCGGCGACCUCGUGCCACACAACGUCUGGAACACCUCGAAGCAGGAGAACUUGGAAGUGAUCAGGGAGACAGUGCAGAUGCUGCGAGAGAGCUUCCCAGGGGUGCCCGUCUUCCCGGCGCUUGGGAACCACGAGUCAACGCCUGUCAAUUCAUUCCCCCAGCCGUACAUUGAGAACGAAUUCGACAUCUCUUGGCUCUACGACGAGAUGGCAACCCUGUGGGAGACGUGGCUGCCCCAGGAAACCGCUACCACCGUGGUUUAUAAUGCUUGUUACUCCACCCUGGUCAAACCGGGACUGAGGGUCAUUUCCGUGAACUCCAACUACGGAUAUGGGUUUAACUGGUGGAUGGUAUACGACGACAAGGACCCGGGUUCUGAGCUGCAGUGGAUGGCGGAACAGCUCCAGUUGGCCGAGGACAACGAUGAAAAGGUCUAUCUCAUAAGCCACAUUGCACCGGGUGACGUGGACUGCAUCAGGUCGUGGGGACAUCAGUACAACAGAAUCGUCGUGAGAUACGAAUCCACCAUCGCCGGCCUGUUCUACGCCCACACACACUACGACCACUACAUGGUUUUCUACGACCACGAGCAGCCAGACCGACCCGUCCACGUGGGGUAUGUUGCCCAGAGCCAGACGCCAUACCCUGAGCUCAACCCUGGCUAUAAGGUCUACACAGUGGACGGGGCUUAUGAAGGGUCGUCCUAUCGUGUAUUGGAUCACGAAAAUUGGAUAAUCGACCUGGACGAAGCUAAUAAGAACGACUUUCCCAACGUAACUUUACUCUAUUCCGCCAAGGAGGCUUAUGGACUUUCAGAUCUUUCUCCGACUUCCUGGUCAAAUCUGGUGUUUGAAAUGAAUCAGCCAAACAGCACUCUCUUUGAAGAUUUCUACAGGCACUACACGAAGGCAGGCAGACCCUACGCGGAGAGAGGCUGCGACGACAAGUGCAAAUCGGACACCCUCUGUCGCUUGCUCGUGUCGGACAACUCGGACAUCUCCCACUGCGACCUGCUGUAGUCUUCUUAAGUGAUUUAAUGAGGGGCGUUUUUGUCAGACUUUCCAGAUCAAUGGAUUGAAGAAUUGUAAUUGGUAUAUAUCUUGUAUGUAGGUAGUUUUAUCAGAGAAGUGUGUGCCGAUGGUAUUGAAUAUUUAAACAGCA